GAAUCUCGGAGCGCGCAGGAGGAGGAGGAGCUGUCAAAGUUUACAGCCGAGUUUCCUCAAGAAUACGCGAAGACGAGACCACUGAACGCUUACAAAGCCUGGAACGAAGAGCCCUUCAAAGUAUGGAGUGAAGCCCGAUAGCUUACAAACGCAAAUAAUGGCAGGACCAACUGAAAUCGGAUUGUUUUUUACCUUAUUGCUCUCCGGGAGCUUCUGCGCGACGCCGGAAAAGAAAGUGUGUCAGGGAGCAAACAACAAACUGACUCUUCUGGGAACAGUGGAAGACCAUUAUCAGGUUCUGCUCAGAAUGUACAGAAACUGCACUGUGGUUCUGGAGAACCUGGAAAUUACACAUAUAACAGAGAAAUAUGACCUGUCCUUCCUCAAGAGCAUCCAGGAAGUUGGUGGCUAUGUUCUUAUCGCGGUCAAUACGGUUUCCAAAAUCCCUCUGGAGAACCUGCGCAUCAUUCGCGGACACUCACUUUAUGAAGACAAAUUUGCCUUGGCCGUCCUGGUGAACUAUAACAACAGCAUCGAACAAGGCGUAAAAGAGUUGCCGCUGACUAGUUUAACUGAAAUACUGAAGGGUGGAGUCAGAUUUAACAUGAACAACCAUUUAUGUAACGUGGGGACCAUCGAGUGGGCCGACAUCCUGAACAUGAAGAGCCUGCCUACAAUCGUGAGCCAUAAUAUAAGCUAUGGAAAAAACUGUGGAAAGUGCGAUCCAAGCUGUUUCAAUGGCUCCUGCUGGGGCACCGGACCCGACAAAUGCCAGAGAAUGACGAAAGUGAUCUGUGCGGAGCAAUGUUCAGGGAGGUGUAAAGGACCCAGACCCAUUGACUGCUGUAAUGAACACUGUGCUGCUGGAUGCACUGGACCCAGACCUACAGACUGUCUGGCCUGUAAGGACUUCCAGGAUGAAGGGACAUGUAAGGACGCAUGUCCGCGGCUCAUGCUCUACGACCCAAACACACACCAGCUCGCGCCAAACCCAUAUGGGAAGUACAGCUUUGGGGCGACGUGCAUCAAGACAUGCCCACACAACUAUGUGGUGACGGAUCACGGGGCCUGUGUGAGAACAUGCAGCCCUGGCACCUAUGAAGUGGAUGAGGGUGGAGUUCGCAAAUGUAAGAGGUGUGAAGGCCUGUGUCCAAAAGUGUGUAAUGGGUUGGGAAUGGGGCCUUUAGCCAAUGUCCUGUCAAUCAAUGCCACCAACAUCGACUCCUUUGAGAACUGCACUAAAAUCAGCGGCAAUGUUGCCAUCCUCAGCACCACAUUCAGAGGUGACCCACAUACUAACACUUCAGGACUGGAUCCAGCAAAGCUCAGUGUAUUGAGUACUGUCAAAGAAAUCACUGGUUACCUGAUGAUUCAGCUGUGGCCGGAGAGCAUGCAGUCCCUUAGUGCCUUCGAAAACCUUGAGGUCAUCCGAGGACGGACAAAAACACAAGGAACGUACAGCUUUGCUGUCACCAAGACGGCCAUCACUCAUUUAGGCAUGCGUUCUCUGAGGGAGAUCAGUGACGGGGACGUGUCCAUCGUUAAGAAUAAGAAUCUCUGCUACAGCAGCCCUGAACACUGGAAACGCCUCUUCAAGUCCAAACAACAGUCGGUCAAAAUGAUUGAAAAUAUGGAUGCUGCCACCUGCGCCAAUCAGAACAGCACAUGUAAUGAGAUGUGCACGGCUGACGGCUGCUGGGGUCCCGGCCCCACCAUGUGCUUCGGCUGUGAGCAUUACAGCCGCGGAAAACACUGCGUGGCUUCUUGCAACCUGCUGAAUGGUGAGCCGCGUGAAUAUGAGGUCAAUAAAACAUGCAUGGAAUGCGAUCCUGAAUGUCUGCUCAUGAAUGAAACCCAGACCUGCAACGGCCCUGGACCCGACAAAUGUACAGUGUGUGCAAACUAUAAAGACGGACCGCACUGUGUGCAUCGCUGCCCGCAAGGUGUACCAGGAGAGAAAGACACACUCAUCUGGAAAUACGCUGACGUGACACACGUUUGCCAGCCCUGUCAUGAAAACUGCACCCAGGGAUGUACGGGGCCUGAUCUAAAGGACUGCAAAGAUUUCAAAAGCUCUGGUUUGCCGAUGAUAGCUGCUGGCGUUGUCGGAGGUCUACUGGCGUUUGUUAUUCUGGCUCUUGGAGUGGCCGUUCUCCUGCGCAGACGCCACAUCCGGAGGAAGAGGACUCUGAGACGACUCCUGCAAGAGAGAGAGCUUGUGGAGCCUCUGACCCCCAGCGGCGAAGCCCCCAAUCAGGCCUUACUGCGCAUCCUCAAAGAGACGGAGUUCAAGAAGAUCAAAGUGCUGGGCUCCGGGGCUUUCGGCACUGUGCACAAGGGCCUUUGGGUUCCAGAAGGAGAGAAUGUGAAGAUCCCUGUCGCCAUCAAGGUCUUAAGAGAAGCCACGUCUCCCAAAGCUAACAAGGAGAUAAUGGAUGAGGCGUACGUCAUGGCCAGUGUUGAGCAUCCUCACGUGUGUCGUCUGCUGGGCAUCUGCUUGACCUCCACAGUGCAGCUCAUCACUCAGCUGAUGCCCUACGGCUGCUUGCUGGACUAUGUCAGAGAAAACAAGGACCGCAUCGGCUCCCAGCACCUGCUCAACUGGUGCGUGCAGAUCGCUAAAGGUAUGAAUUAUCUAGAAGAGCGCCAUCUUGUGCACCGAGACCUGGCAGCACGUAAUGUGUUGGUAAAGACGCCUCAGCAUGUCAAGAUCACCGAUUUCGGCCUCGCCAAGCUGUUAAACGCGGACGAGAAGGAGUAUCACGCAGAUGGAGGAAAGGUUCCAAUUAAAUGGAUGGCGCUGGAGUCCAUCCAGCACAGGACUUACACCCACCAGAGUGACGUCUGGAGCUACGGUGUGACCGUCUGGGAGUUGAUGACGUUUGGGACGAAACCUUAUGAUGGGAUUCCUGCCAGUGAAAUCGCCGGAGUUCUGGAAAAAGGAGAAAGACUUCCUCAACCCCCCAUCUGCACCAUUGAUGUGUACAUGAUCAUGGUCAAAUGUUGGAUGAUUGAUGCUGAGAGCAGACCCCGCUUCAGGGAGCUCAUCGCAGAGUUCACUAAAAUGGCUCGUGACCCGUCCCGCUAUCUGGUCAUUCAGGGGGACGACCGCAUGCAUUUACCCAGUCCUUCUGACUCCAAGUUCUACCGCAGCCUGAUGAGCGGAGAGCUGGACGAGGCCGUGGACGCAGACGAGUAUUUAGUGCCCAAUCACAGCUUCUUCAGCAGCCCGAGCACGUCCCGCACACAACUGCUGCACUCUGUGAGCCUGAACAGCAGCUUUGGAAACUGUAAUAGUAGAAACGGGAAUGGUUAUCCAGUGAGGGAGAACAGCAUGGUCCUGCGCUACAUCCCAGACCCCACAGAGCGCUUUCAGGAGGGAGACUUUCAGCCUGCGCCGGGUUAUAACGAAUAUAUGAACCAGAAUGAGUCCAGCAUGAUCAACCCAGUGUACCAGCAGCCCCACGGACCCCCGCGGACCCUCCUGCACUCCUCCCCAGCGCUGGACGAGACGGAAGAGGAGUAUCUGAACUGCUUCAAGAGCCCGGCUCCGGCUUCAGUGGUGGAGUAUCUGAACACGUCCCACACACAGCUGCUCUCCACAAAGCCCUUCUUCAGCAUGGACAACCCCGACUACCAGCAGGACUUCUGCCCGCUGGAGCUCAAAACACACACCAACGGGCACCUGCCGGCCGCGCAGAACCAGGAGUACAUGGGCCUGGAGGUGCACUAGCAGAUCACUUUUCAAUUAGACGCUUUAAUAAAGCUGAGAGAUGCAAGGACGUCUGUUUAUGGGCCUUUCUGAACCCAGAUCUGCCGGUUGGAUUGAACAAUUUGAGACUAUUGAUGACUACAGGACAUGAGUAGACUACAGUCCCGUGAUGCCAGUAGAGACGCAUUGAAGUGCUGAAAGACCUUUUUAGGACUUCUGGUUUCAUUCGCUUAUGAUUUUAAUCGGCAAUUUACACCAGUGUGUGUUGCUCUGUGGUGUGUGUAAUCAUCUUCUGUAAUCAUUCAUUCAGAGCCGCUGAAAAGUGUUCGGACACUUCAGCUGAAUGGGAGAAAUGUGUGAAUUUCACUGCAAUAUAGAGUUGAAGUCAGAAUUAUUCGCCCCCCUGUUUAUUUUUUUCCCCAAUUUCUGUUUAACGGAGAGAAGAUGUUUUCAACACAUUUCUAAACAUAAUAGUUUAAUAACUCAUCUCUAAUAACUGAUUUAUUUUAUCUUUGCCAUGAUGACAGUACAUAAUAUUUGACUAGAUACUCUUCAAGACACUUCUUUACAGCUUAAAGUGACAUUUUAAAGGCUUCACUAGGUUAUUUAGGCUAACUAGGGGUGCGUUUCCCAAACAACGACGUAACUCACGGCUGAACUAUCAUAGUACGAUGCAUCGUUUGGGAGAAGAACGAUGUAGUGAUGAGAGUUUCCCAAAACCCGUAGUUUCUGUCGCAGAUCCAUCGCUUGAACCAAGUUAGUUAUAGCGUAAAACUCCCAUAAUGACACUCUAAGCGGGGUGGAGUAACAACUUCUUUAGAGAAGAACCCCGUCAUUUCUUUGUGCUAAUUAUAUUGUUUUACACAAACAUGCAUUUAAAAUAAAAUCCAAUAAUAGAUUUGGUAAAAGCAUGCACUCUCUUUCCAUAUUAACAAAAACUUAUGUAAAUGGCACAUAGAGCCUGUGUUUCCUUUACAAAUAUUAUUAAGAAUAUUACUUAUUCUAUUCUAAAACAUAAAAUCACUUACAAAAGCCAACACAAAUUCUAAUAUCACAUAAAUCAUAUAAAUAAAUAAUGAGGCUAUUAAUUAAAAAAAGGAAAUGUAAUAAUUAUUAUGUAUUAGAAAUGAAAAAAAACAUACUUUAAUAGAAAUAUUAAUAACAUUAAUGAUGAUGAUUAUGAUUCAUUCAUUUUCUUGUCAGCUUAGUCCCUUUAUUAAUCCAGGGUCGCCACAGCGGAAUAAACCACCAACUUAUCCAGCACAUUUUUACACAGCGGAUGCCCUUCCAGCCGCAACCCAUCUCUGGGAAACAUCCACACACUCACUCAUUCACUAUGGACAAUUUAGCCUACCCAAUUCACCUGUACCACAUGUCUUUGGACUGUGGGGGAAUCCGGAGCACCCGGAGGAAACCCACGCGAAGGCAGGGAGAACAUGCAAACUCCACACAGAAACGUCAACUGAGCCGAGGUUCGACUCAGCGACCUUCUUGCUGUGAGGCGACAGCACUACCUACUGCACCACUGCCUCGCCCAUGAUUAUUAUUAUUUAUAUUAUUAUUAUUAGGUAGGAUAUUGUUUAUUUAUUUACAAUUUGACACAUGUAAACCACUGCAGAAGGUUCUAACCAGGUUCUAACCAUGUCAUAUACAGUACAGAUACUUAAUAAGUAACCCACUAUAAAUCAAAAGAAUUAUCGUACUGUAUGCUUUUUGUUUUUACAAGCUUUGGAGACGUAACAUAAAUUCUGUUUUUAAAUAAUAGGUCACCUAUAGCUUUCACCAUGAGGCUGUGUUCAAAAUGUCAUCAAUGUUUUCAAAGUGCACUGCGAAGGGAGCACAAUUGUAAACAUGAAGAUCGCUAAAACUGAACUGUAAAAAUUGUUUGAAAGCAAAUCACACCUAAGGGAGACGACCUUAAUGCUUUUUUAUUGUUAAUCAUUCCAGCUUUGAAUGUUAGAAUGUUCUAAAUGAAUAGGGCAUAGGGGGGAUAAGUGGGAAUAGAACACAGCCAGGAACUAUGUUUCUAACUAUAGCUCCAGAGGUGUGGUUGUGAGUGCUCAAGUUUGCGACACAGUUUGGAAUGAUCGCUGGAGCGACGGAUUUGGGAAACCUCAAUUGUCAACUAUGUUUAUAACGAUGGAACUUGCGAGCUUAGGAUGGCUAACGAUGAUUAAGGGGAAACGCACCACAGGUUAUGGUAAUUAGUCAAGUUAUUGUAUAACGAUGUUUUGUUCUGUAGACUAUCGAAAAAAUAUAGCUUAAAGGGGCUAAUAAUAUUGACCUUAAAAUGGUGUUUAGAAAAAUUUAAAACUGCUUUCAUUCCAGCCGAAAUAAAACAAAUAAGACUUUCUCCAGAAGAAAAAAACAUUAUCAGACAUACCGUAAAAAUUUCUUUGCUCUGUCAAAGAAAUAUUUUAAGAAAUUUAAGAAAUAUGUAAAAAAAAAAAAAAAAAAA